AUGCAGACGUUUCUACUUUCAGUUUUAAUAUUCACCAAUUAUUUCGAAAUUUAUGAUUAUAGUUCCACUGAAAAUGAAAAGCAGUAUUGCUUAACGCUAAAUAAUGAAGUUAAAUGCGAAAACUUGUCAAAUAUAAAACUGUCUAGACUUGACGGCCUCGAGUCAGGUCAUAUACAGAGCAUCAAAACUGAAGAUGGAAGAAAACUAGAAAUGAAAACCCUAAGUCUGACGCCUUUGAUAUUAGAAAUUUCAAAUUUUCUCACCAAAAAGGAAUGCAAACAUCUGAAAGAAAUGGCAACAGAAGAAGGCUUGCAGUCUAGCGAAACACAUAACUGGGACAAAAGUAACAGAUUUAUCUUACAAGAUAAAGACAAUGACAAAAGACUUAGUCUAGAGGAGAUGAAGUUAACAUUGAUGGGUGGUUUUGAUGUACACUUAAAUAAAGAAGACAUCUUACAAAUGUACAAAGAAAUAAAGAUAGACAAGGACAAUGAUGAAUACAUAACACAAUCGGAAAUGUCAAGCUUUUCCCCAAAGCAUUUUGAGCUUUAUUUGAAUACCUUUUUAAAGACACAUCCAGAGAAACAUUCCCGUUACAGUAGACAAGUAUGGCUUAAACCAGAUACCUCUGAUGAUGAAGUGUUUAACAGAAUUAUAAACAGAGCCUCUACUUUGGUUGAUUUACCUGUUGAGUUAUUGAAACUAAGUGAUUUCCAGGUUGUGAACUAUGACAUAAAAGGUCAUUAUCAUGCACAUUGGGAUUCGUCUGGGCUAGACAAAGCAACACCAUGUUGCGAUAAAGUUAGAAAGAAUAAUUGUAGAAUUUGCAGAUACAUGACAAUAUUUUUCUAUCUGAAUGAUGUCGAAGAUGGUGGUGGCACAGCUUUCCCUGUUGCAAACAAUGAUACAGUUGAUAUAGGGGAAAUUACCAAGCAAGCAUUGUAUAACCUAAAUGAAAAAUGUGGAUCACCAGGACUGAAAGUGACAGCUGAAAAAGGAAAGGCAAUAAUCUGGUACAAUCAUUUUGUUGAUCCAAAAUCUGGGUGGUUAGGAGAAAAGGAUGAACAUACUUACCAUGGAGGAUGUCCUGUGAAGAAAGGUGAAAAAUGGGUGGCUAAUUUCUGGAUCAAAGUCACAGAUGAUAAACAGGAUGAUCUGGCUAAAAUGCACAAGUAUCAGCAGUUUUUAUCAAAGAAAAAGAAGAAAAAAGGAAAAGAUGAAUUGUAAUAUUGUCAGAUAUUUUGGUCAUCAGUUUUUGGGGUUAUCAAUCAUUCUAUUUACUUUAAGAUUUUAGGUCAGUUAUAUGAUCCCACCGUAAGUGUUUCCUUUUUUUCUUUCUUUUGUUGGUUUGUCAGGUUUGGUUUAAGGUAAUUUACCAUGAAGUUGUGGUCACAGCAACUUUAAACUUUAAACUUUGUACACAUGUUGAUUAUGAUAUAGACUUUUAAAGAUACCUGUACAUGCCAAAUAAGGAUUUUGAUCGAUUUUCACAGUUGGCUCAACAUGGAAAUGUGAUAAUGCACGUGGGGCAUUGUGUUCUAUGGAAAAACAUUCUUUAAACAACAUUCAGAAUUACUAAACAUGAAAUGAAAAUUAAUUUAGUAAGUGCUUUAUGAAAUUAUCUUGAUUUUUUUGUUUCAAACUCAAAACAUACAUUAUUUUAGAUUAUCUUUACAUACUAGAUUGUGCAGUAAACCAGUUAUAUGAUUUUUCUUCAAUCAGGUUUAUGUUUAAAUAAUUUUGGAAUCUAACAGCAUGCAUAAAUUCAGGCAAUGUUAUGGAUUUUAUAAUAAAUACUGCUAAUAAUGUAAAGCAAAAUUUUAUAACAACCUGUAUUGUUCAAAGUAAUACAUAAUUCAUUCUUUGACAGUCAUAAUUUGCUCAUGAAGGUAAAAAAUUAAUUUUUGCUCAACAUAGAUAUCUGCAAUUGUCAUUUUAUGAAAUGGAUAUUUUCUUCAAGAUUUAUUAUUUUAGUUACUUGUAGAUGAUUUUUCAAAAUAUGAUGACUUUCUUUUAUAAACAUAAGUGCCUUUCUUGUGUAUGAUAUAUGUAUUUAUUUUCAGAAGAUAGUUUUAUCCCAAAUAAUUUUUAAGAUCUACUAUAUGGAUAUAAGUUACUAUGAAACACAUUUUAUUGAAGCAAAGAUCUACUAUAUGGACCUAGGUUACUAAUACAACACAUUUGAUUGAAGCUUUCAUUUACUGUAUCAUUUUUAUAAGCCAGUUAAAUGCAUUUAAAGUUUUAUUAAGUAUUUAAAUGCAGUACUGGUGUAUCAUUCAUUUGAUUUUGUAGAGCAUUGGAUGAUGCAGACUUGUACCACUGGUAGUGUAUCUACUAAACAUAACUAGGUCACUGUGUCUUACUCUCCAUAUAUACUGGCUCUUAUUUGGUAAGAUAAAAUACCAUGUGACCUACAUUUGAUACAUUACUUAUACCCACAUAUUUUAAGAAAAAAAUUAAUAUGUUGCCGUAUUAUCAAUGGACGUACAUGUAUAUGCAAAACUUGUAGUAUGGUUAUAAAACAUCUAGUCAUAACAUUAAUCACAUAAAGUGCAAUAGAAAUCUAGUUGAAAUCCAGAUAUGCCUGUUUAUUUUUGUUAGGUACCAUUUCUUUUCUUAGAUAGUUAUUGGAACAGUUCUGAAAUGUUUAUGCCUACUAAGUCUACAUAUUUCUUAAAUUUUUAUAUACAGAGUCAGUUGGGGGCCAACCCAUGUUUUUUCCUGUACAGAGUCUGUUGGGGGUCAGCUCAUGUUUUUUCCUGUACAGAGUCUGUUGGGGGUCAGCACAUGUUUUUUCCUGUACAGGGUCUGUUAAGGGCCAACUCAUGUUUUUUUGUGAACAUGGGCCAAUCAAUCUUUUUCUCAUUUGUUUUUGAUUACUGAAAGCUUUAUACUAAAAUAAUUUUGUUUUCACAAAAGUUCAUUUGAACCUCUCCCUUGAUAUGUAAAUCCUAUGAUUUUAAAAAGUAUCCUGUGGCUGAAAUUGAAAUUCUAUAAUUGUAAGUAUAUAUAUGAUAUGUACAUAACAUGCUUAACCCUGCCACAUUAUGUAUGUGCCUGUCCCAAGUCAGGAGCCUGUAAUUCAGUGGUUGUUGUUUGUUCCUUUAUAUAAUACUUGUUUUUCUUUUGAUUUUUUUGUACAUUAAUCAGGCCAUUGGUUUUUCUUUUGAUUUACGUUUUGUUAUGGUGGGGCCUUUCAUAGCUGGCGAUGCUGUAUGGAUAUUAUCAUUGUUUAUCGCUGUACAGUGACUUAUAAUUGCUGACAUCUACAUCAUUUGGUCUCUGGUGGAUAGUUGUCACAUUAGUAAUCAUACCAUAUAUCCUUAUUUUAUACUGAUUAGUAUUCUAAAAGUAAAAAGGUGAAGCUGCUUCACACCCCAGGCAAAAAUGUAAAUUGUUCGAUUUUUUAAUUAGAAAUUAUCAACUAUACAUCAAUACAAGUAAGUUACUUAAAGUAUUAAAAUUAUUUAUUCUGCAAAGGAAUCAUAAGUGAAAGUUUUGUCCAUUUCUUAUAGCAAAUUCAGGAAGAAGUAGGGGUAUGUUGUUGUUGUCUGUAGACACAAUGUAUUUUCACAAUAACUUGAUAUAAUUUAUAUGUGACAGAACUUUAUCAGAUUUAAUAUGUUUCUUUGCACAAAAUUUAGCCUUUUUUUUUAAGAUUUUGGAGUGUAUGCUUCAACUGUUUCUGAAAAUGGUCUAAAGGAGACAAAAACAGUGUUUUCAUUAGUACAUAUUUUUGUAUUGAAAUGAAAUUUUUACUUUCCAUCAAAUGUUGAUGCAUUUCCCCCUUAUAUUCUCUAUAAAAUUCUCUUACCUUGUGUAUGUUGAAAGUUUACAUGUAACCUGUAAAAGUUUUAGAUAUAGGGUAGAUCCCAAAUUUUUCACCUUGUUAUAUUUUGUUUGAUUUUAAUACAAUUUUUCCCUUUUUGUGAAAUUUCUGCCUGUUUUUUUUCAGUCAGGUAUCUGCCAUUUUAUAUUAUAUGUCCAAGCUUAAAGAGACAGGGAAAACACAUUAAAAAUUGCUGUUGUUUCGUGUUGUACUUUGAAAAGUUUUUUUAUAAUUUGAAUGUUGAUCAGGGUAAAUCGGAUAUUUUUGUUUAUGUUUUGUACUUGUUAACCACAAUCAUGGUACAGUUGAAUUGUUAUUGUAUUGUCUUGUUGUCUACUUUUUUGUAAUUUUAGAUAUGGUAAUUUUAAGAUGUCAGGCUCAUCUUGAUUAUGAGCUGUCCUUAAAGGUUUUUAUGAUAUGAAUAUAUUUUUUUUUUUCAAAUUGAAGAAUAUUAUAUUAAUAUUUAAUAAAAUGCUUCGCUGGGGCGCAGCUUGAUACGACCGCAGAGGUCGAACCCUGAACAGUUGGGGCAAGUAUGGACACAACAUUCAAGCUUGAUACAGCUCUGAAUUUGGAUUGUUAUUAAAUAUUUGACACAGCAUAGGUUUCUGACACAGAAAGUAUGUGGUCUAAGAACUUGAAUUUUUUUAAUUUACCUAUUAUGGUCCAAUGUCCAAAAUCAAAAUACAUGGUUAGAUUCAGCAUAUCAAAGAACUCCAUAUAUUCAAUUUUUGUUAAAAUCAAACAAAGUUUAAUUUUGGACCCCAACUUGGACAAACUUGAAAACUGGGCCCAUAAUCAAAAAUCUAAACACAUGUUUAGAUUCAGCAUAUCAAAGAACCCCAAGAAUUCAAUUUUUGCUAAAAUCAAACUAAGUUUAAUUUUGGACCCUUUGGACCUCAAUGAAGACCAAUUUAAAAAACGGGACCUAAAAUUAAAAAUCUAAAUACACGGUUAGAUUUGGAAUAUCAAAGAACCCCAAUAAUUCAAUUUUUGAUGAAAUCAAACAAAGUUUAAUUUUGGACCCUUUUGACCUCAAUAUGAACCAAUUUGAUAGCGGGGCCCACAAAUAAAAAAUCUAAAUUCAUGGUUAGAUUCAGCAUAUCAAAGAACCCCAUAUAUUCAAUUUUUGUUGACAUCAAAAAAAGUAUAAUUUUGGACCCCAACUUGGACCAACUUGAAAACUGGGCCCAUAAUCAAAAAUCUAAACACAUGUUUAGAUUCAGCAUAUCAAAGAACCCCAAGAAUUCAAUUUUUGUUAAAAUGAAACUAAGUUUAAUUUUGGACCCUUUGGACCUCAAUGAAGACCAAUUUAAAAAACGGGACCCAAAUUAAAAAUCUAAAAACACGGUUAGAUUUGGCAUAUCAAAGAACCCCAAUAAUUCAAUUUUCGAUGAAAUCAAACAAAGUUUAAUUUUGGACCCUUUUGACCUCAAUAUGAACCAAUUUGAUAGUGGGGCCUACAAAUAAAAAAUCUAAAUACAUGGUUAGAUUCAGCAUAUCAAAGAACCUCAUAUAUUCAAUUUUUGUUGAAAUCAAACAAAGUUUAAUUUUGGACCCCAAUUUGGACCAACUUGAAAACUGGGCCAAAAACCUAAAAUCUAAAUACAUGUUUAGAUUCAGCAUAUCAAAGAACCCCAUAUAUUCAAUUUUUGUUGAAAUCAAACAAAGUUUAAUUUUGGACCCCAACUUGGAACAACUUGAAAACUGGUCCCAUAAUCAAAAAUCUAAACACAUGUUUAGAUUCAGCAUAUCAAAGAACCCCAAAAAUUCAAUUUUUGUUAAAAUCAAACUAAGUUUAAUUUUGGACCCUUUGGACCUUAAUGUAGACCAAUUUAAAAAAAACGGGACCCAAAAUUAAAAAUCUAAAUACACGGUUAGAUUUGGCAUAUCAAAGAACCCCAAUAAUUAAAUUUUUGAUGAAAUCAAACAAAGUUUAAUUUUGGACCCUUUUGACCUCAAUAUGAACCAAUUUGAUAGCGGGCCCACAAAUAAAAAAUCUAAAUACAUGGUACGAUUCAGCAUAUCAAAGAACCCCAUAUAUUCAAUUUUUGUUGAAAUCAAACAAAGUUUAAUUUUGGACCCCAAUUUGGACCAACUUGAAAACUGGGCCAAAAAUCAAAAAUCUAAAUACAUGUUUAGAUUCAGCAUAUCAAAGAACCUCAUAUAUUCAAUUUUUGCUAAAAUCAAACAAAGUUUCAUUUUGGACCCUUUGGACAUUAAUGUAGACCAAUUUGAAAACUGGACCCAAAAUUAAAAAUCUAAAUACACUGUUAGAUUCGGCAUAACAAAUAAAUAAAUGUGAUCAAAGAUUUUACAAAUCUAAUGCGCCAUACUGUGCAAUUAAAGAUUACUUCUUGAAAUUUUUCAAUAUUUGAAAUUUGAAAAAAAAAUAAUAUUUGAAGAAUAAUUCUUUUUAAUUUCUGAAAUCUGAAAUGAGAAAAAAUUGGCCCCCCACAAUUUCUUUUUAUCCCCCACCCCCUUUUUCCCCCAAAAAAAUUCUUUCCCUCAAGAUAUGGUCAUAAUCUCAAUUCAAAUUUCCAAUGGAGUUGGCAACCAUAAUUACCCAUUUAAAUUUACCAUAGUGCUAACUUAAUCUAUUUUAUAAUAGAAUUAAUAAAAAUAUAGUGUCAAAUCUUUCAUAUGGAUUUUUUUGUAAAAAAAAAAGAUGAAAACAUUUGCAGAUAUUUUUACUGGUCUUCCUUUAUAAAUAUGCAUUUCUUUAAACAUAAUUUAAAAGCAGUGUAAGGGAAGUAACCAAAACGUUGUAUUUGGAUUACCUCCCUUACACUGUUUUAAAUUAUCUUUAUUGUUCAUUAACCAUUACUUUAUACAUAAUUUAAAAGCAGUGUAAGGGAGAUAAUUUCAAUGAUGAAUUUGAUUUAUCUCCCUUACACUGCUUUAAAUUAUGUUUUGUACUAAAGUAUUUGUCCAUUAACCAGGACAACCUUGUUUUUCCCCCUUUUUUGCCCCUAAUUCCUAAACGGUUUGAGCCAUAACCCCCCAAAGCAAAUCCUAACAAUCCCUUUGUGGUAUGGAAACUUGUAGUAUAAUUUCAGAGAGAUCCAUACACCGUUCCACAGUUAUUGUCUGGAAACUAGAAAAUGCUCAUUUUUGGCCCCUUUUUGGCCCCUAAUUCCUUAACUGUUGGUACCAUAACCCCCAAAAUCAAUCCCAACCUUCCUUUUGUGGUAUUUAACCUUAUGGUGAAAUUUCAAAAAGAUCCAUUCACUUAAACUAAAGUUAGAGUGCGAAAACCAAUAUGUAUUCGGACGACGACGCCGGACGACGACGACGACGCCGGACGACGACGACGACGACGACGACGACGCCAACGUCAUACCAAUAUACGACCACAAAAUUUUUUUGCGGUCGUAUAAAAACUAAGAAAGAGAAAAAAUACCUGUGAUCAUUUUAUGAUUUGUAAAAUUAUCUGAAAUCUUGUUAUUUUUCUCUUCUUUUUUUUCAUGCCUAAAUUUUUAUAAGUGACUGCUGAUAUUUUAGAUAGAUUUUUACAUGCAAUGAAGCUAUUCUUGUUCUAGUCAUAGUGUAGUAUUUAAAAUAUUUUUAAACGUUGUGUAAUAACUAUGUAAAUCAAAAACCAAUUUGCAUUAGAAAUUUUAUAAGUUGUUACUUUUACAUUUUGUUGUAUAGUAAAAAUAAAUACAUUCCUCUCAUAA